AUGCCUUUCUGGUCGACGAUCGUGCCGCCACCAAAGUUCUCUCUCGCCAACAUGAGCAGGCUCCACCAGCACCUCCACGACACGGUUGUGGUCACCGAGCGCAACCGCGCUGCGGUCGUCGACAACCUGCGCACGAUCGCGGAGCUUGUGCUGUGGGGUGACCAGAACGACCCGGUGCUCUUCGACUUCUUUCUCGAGAAGAACAUGCUCGGCAUCUUCUGGCGGCUUCUCGAGCAGCGCGAGACGCCCGUCUCUGUCAAGGUGCAGAUGCUGCAGACGCUGUCGAUUCUCAUCUCAAACAUUGAGGCGGGGCCCUCCAUCUACUACAUCCUCUCCAACGACCACAUCAACGAGCUGAUCCGCCACCCGUUCGACUUUUCCCACGAGGAGCUGCUCGCCCACUACAUCUCCCUCCUCAAGGCCAUCGCUCUGCGGCUCGACGAGCACACCGUCCAGUGCCGCCACCUCCAGCGCCUGCGGCGACGGGGCGGGAGCGAGCGGAUGGUGAGGACGGCGGUGCGGACGAUCGUGCUCUCGGUCUGCAAGGUGGCAGAGGCGGCGGUGCAGGAGUACGUGUGUGGGAGCGGCACGCUGCCGCAGGUGCUCGUGGCGGCGCUGCUCGCCGAGCACGAGCGUGCGAGCGCCUCGGUCGAGGCGGUGGAGGAGAGCUUGGGCAGGCUGCUCGACGAGGCGCGCCCCGCCGUGCUGCUCGAGCUGCUCGGGGGCACCGGCGAGGCGGCGCCGCUCUCGCCGCGCCACGCCAAGCUCCUCGACGACGCGCACGCCGCCGCCGCAGCGGCCAUCACCGAGGCGCUCGGCGGCGGGUAUGGCGCCGAGGCGGGCGGCACGCUCGACGCCGAGCUGCGCAAGGCUCGGCCGCCGCCCGCCGCCCAGCUGACGUCGCUGCUCGCCGACCCGUCGCUCCUGCUCGAGGGCGGCGCGCUGCGCGGCGUGCCGCCGCACAAGCGGCCGCCGCGAACAGCGUGCGAGGCUGCGUGCGCCGCCGUGCCAACCUUCAUGCUGCUGCGGCAGCUGCGCGCGUCGCUGCUGCACGCGCCCGACGGCCUCGCGUCGCUCGCGCCGCCGCCGUUGCCGGACCUCCGGCGAGGCGCGCGGCUCCACCUCGACAAGACCGCGCAGCUGCUCCCGUGCGAGCUCCGCACCGCCGCCGCCGGCAUCGCCCGCGACGCGCCGCUCAAGUGCCGGCUCGUCUUGCCGCUCUUCGACCCGACGGAGCCGCCGCUGCCGGCCGGCCACGACUUUGCCAGCGUCGUCUUGGCGCUGCCGCUGAGUGCGGUGAGCGUCACCCGGCCAGAGCCAACCUCCGCGUCGCUGCGUGUGCAGCUGAAGAGGCCGCUGCCCGCGCACGGGCAGGGGAGCGAGUACCACUUGAGCUUGGCGGAGCCGUGGCGCUGCUCCAUCGCCAAGGCUCACCUCGGGCGCGCAAGUGCUGCGGCCCGCAACGAGCAGCGGCGGCGGCUGGCAGAGCUGUUGCUGGCGGACUAGGUCUCGAUGGGGUGGUAGCGACUAGCGUGUGAUCGCGCUCCUGAUGUAUGUGUGAUAUGUAUCCCCCAUGCACACUGUGCGCUGAGGUUAUCAGGAGCCGGCACCUCAUCUCAGCCAUCUCAAUGGCGGUGAUGUGAUGCCGCGGUUAUAAGCAAUACGCUC